AUGAGUGUAUGGAGCUCUGCCUGGGAGUGGGUGAGGAGCCAGGUGAUGGCUUAUGGGUCAGGAUUAGCAGGCAGACCAACGUGGGUGGGUGAUGUUAUGGUGGGUGUCUGCUCCAGGCCACCUGAUCAGGAAGAAAAUUAUGCAUAUUUUUUUAAAGGUGAAGUUACAGUGCAAACUGGAGAUCUGUUGCCAUGUAGGAUCUGUGGAAGGACUUUCUUUCCAGCAGCACUGAAAAAGCAUGGACCCAUUUGUCAAAAAACUUCUGCCAAGAAAAGGAAGACAUUUGAUUCCAGCCGACAGAGAGCAGAGGGGACUGACAUUCCCACAGUGAAACCUCUUAAGCCACGACCGGAGCCCCCCAAAAAGCCAUCCAAUUGGAGACGAAAGCACGAGGAAUUUAUAGCAACUAUACGAGCAGCGAAAGGACUUAAUCUUAAAGACGGUGGAAAGCUUCCUCCACCACCUCCACCAUCAUAUGAUCCUGAUUACAUUCAAUGUCCAUAUUGCCAGAGGAGAUUUAAUGAAAAUGCAGCUGACAGACACAUCAAUUUCUGUAAGGAACAAGCAGCACGUAUUACUAAUAAGGGGAAACUGGCUGCUGAUACCAAAGGGAAGCUUCCUACUCGAACGCAGUACAAACCUGCUGCAGUUAAGAAGAUGCCUUCUGCAGGAUCAGCAUCAUCAUCAUCACGCUUACCACAGCCAAGCAGUGUUAGCAAAACUGUUGUAGGUGCCUCUUCAAGUAAAACGCUGUCUUCAUCUGGGUCCAGUGGGAGCAAAAUUCAAACGCUAUCACCAGCUCAUAAAAAUUCAUUGGGAAUGGUGAACCCACAAGCAGGUAAGAUGGACAAGUUAGGCCCACCACUGCGAACUGGAAGAGAUGUGCAAAGGUUGUAUGACACUGAUACAAAAACAGACAGUACCGUCAAAAGACCAAAUGAUUUGUUGCCUAUUAAGAAAGGCACAACGAAAACACGGACAUCAACCCCGCCUAGUGUGGCAAGAGCCAUGAGCACUGGUGCUUUAACAAACAAAAGAAAAACUAGUAAUUCAGAAAGUUACUCAAGGUCUGAUGGUAAAAUUGGGUAUGAUAGUGGAGACUACCCAUCCUCAGUCAAUGGAGGAAGUUCAAAGAGCAGCGAAGGAAAUUCACCUGUACACUUAUCAAAAUUCUGUCAUGAAUGUGGAACAAGGUAUCCGGUGGAAUGGGCAAAGUUUUGCUGUGAGUGUGGAAUUCGAAGAAUGGUUAUGUGAACACAUUCUGAAAAGCAAAAAGAAAGUGAGAACCCAAGAGUCUACUACAUACCGCUGCAUGGAAAGCUAGCGCACUCCUUCCAGUUACAGUUUGUGCUGCAAACAUAUUGAAACAUCAUACUGUAAUUUUCUGAGUGCAAUCUUCUGGUUACAUGGUAAUUUAUAUAUAAAUAUAUGUACUGUAUAUAAAAACAAGAGGUACCUAAAACUGUGCCAUUCAAGGAAAUACUCUUUAAUCUCUGUUGGAAAUAUUUUAAAUUAAGGUAGAAAUAUACUAGUUAACUUAGGUAGCAGAAAUGGUUCAAUUGUUUUUCUUAUGUAAUCCUACUAGAUAAAACUAUUUAUAGCACCUAUGUGGUGUCUCACCCAUAGGAAACUAGCUAUGAAGAAGUUGGUCAUCGGAAGUGUUCCGGAGGAGGAAUUUCCUUCAUAUGUAAUGUUAACUUAUGAAAUAAGUGGCUAAAUCCUAAGUAAAAACAACACGAGCAACACAUUAUAAAUUCCUAAUUAAAAGUGCCAAAAAGAUUACAUCUAUCUAACUACUUUAACAGUAGCAUCCUAAUUGGACUUUCUAAAUUUUCUCUGGGUUUUCUUAAUGAAUCAAAUAAAGAGAGAUUUUUUUUUAAUGUAGCUUUCCACAUUCUGUUUUUGAAUAGGAACCAGUUAAUAUUUUUAUGUAUUUAUAAGGACAAAUAUGGCGUUCUCAUUUUAAUAAGCCCCUUUUGUUCAGAAACACUUGUCUUCCUCCUCCUGCUUUGGAUUGGUAUAUCCAGAAUCUUGCUUUGUAUCUUGAAAGGUUUUAAAGGUCCUGCUCUCUUUCUCUUCCCUCAUUUCCUGAAGGAAAGAAAAAAAUCUAUACUUAUCCUGUCUGUAAUGUUCAACUCUUGUUUUUAAAACAGCCUUCCUGAUUUAUCCAGUACAAAGAUUUCCAUAAAAACAUAUGUUAUUAGUACAGUAGAAUUUGAUAUGAGUAGUCACUGUUUUUUAUUUCUCCGCAAAUAGCGCAGCUUAUAAUAUGAGUUCAUAAUGGAGUCACUGUGCUCCAUGGGUUUAUAUGUCAAUACCUAACAUGUUUUCUUGCAAUCCUGUAUAGUCUUGGGCUCCCGACUAGCAGCCGCUUGAAUUCGGUAACAAACCUAUCAUUAGUUCAUUGGGAAGAAGGAUCAGGGCCUGUAAAUUCUUGUUAUUGUAUUGAUAUGUUAUGUCAUUUAUAAAACAUUCAUAAACUGAAUCACUUAACUUGUAUCUGAAGGUAGUAAUUUAUUUUUUGUGAAUUUUUAUUUCGAAGUAAUAACACCAUCUUAGUUGUGCGGAAGAAUAAUCUGAAAGAAGUUAAUUGUGCCUUUUCCACAAUAAAUAUACUUUUUGUCAGAAAUGGUUACUUUCAGCUCACAAACACCACUAAUAUCAAUUUAUAUAAUUUUUUUAUGAAACUGAUACUUUGUAGCUUUUGCAAUAUGUACUGCAGUGUUGCAUCAUAGUAAUGCGAUUGUAGAUAAUCACAAAUUCGGAAAAUACAAGCAAUGGGACAGAAAGCAUGACUGAAGAAAAGCAUCUCCAAAGCAGAUGCCAGUCUUAGAGAAUAUGUUUCAACAGACUUGAUGCUGUCACACUACAGGCCAUAAACUAUUGAUGUUUUGGAAUUAAUUCAAUGAUUUGGAAUUGUCUUGCACUUUUUAUUGGAAGUUAUUUCUGGAAAGUAAUUGUCCUUCCAUUCAUUGUAGUCUUAUUUUAUCAUAAUUGUAUAAACUGGCUACUGAGUGUGGCAAGAUGGAUAACUUGAUGAUAGAUAGACCUGACAAAUCAUAGCCAACUUAGGUUCUAGGACCCAUAUUUUGGCAUGUUCAUAUCUAUACUUCCAAAAUUGAAAUUCUGCAUCCUUUGCAUAGAUAAACCUGCUCUAGAAAAUAUGCUCUGGACCUGGGUCAUGGAGGUCUGCAGAAUGAAAAUCAUUGGAAGUUAUGGGUGCCCAUCACAAAAGGUACAAGUCCAGAAAAGGUUUGAUCAAUUAGUGAAUCUAUCAAGGAAUCAAUUCCUUUAUCUGACCUAAUGACCUUCCAGUUCUUGUUUCUGCUGGAAAAGUAGUGUUUACCAUUUAUAAAGAAUGUGUGCUUCAAAGGGAGAGCUUAAUAAGGAAAUAAAUAUAUUCCAGGUCUACAAGGUGUGUGUUUUUUUUUUUUUUUUUGAAUGAGGUGAAUGGAUUUGUUGGAAAUACAGAAAGGGAAAAAUAUUCAUAGUUUCUCCUUUGAAUUGCAGAUGACAGGUUUCCUAGUUUUAUGGUUGUUACACAUGAAUUGAUUGAACUUCUGCUUUUUGAGUUGUUUGCAUGACUCUAUGCUUCCCAGGCAGCAUUUAGUAAAUCACUUGAGUGACAUAUGGUUUACUUUGUUUACCUUUCUUCUAUGAUUUGUAGCAAAAAUUAAACAAUGGAUGAACCUGAAAUGAAAGAAGAGUUUUAAAAAUAUUUCUCGAACUUUUAAAUUUAGCUUUACAAGGUCAUCUAUUGAAACAAAAAUGACUGACAGAGUAAUAUUUAAUAUUGUGCAUGUGUUUGAAUCUACAAUAAAGAUAAGCAGACAAUUAAAUAUAAUUGACAAUGCAGUUUAUUACUGUAUAGUGAGACUAUCAGAGGCAUAGUAUAUUUCCACUUUAUCAACUGUUUUGUCACUAAAGUGACAAAAGGUUUCUAAACUACUUCAUGUUAUUGACAUAGACUGUAUUAUACACGUUAUCAGCUCGUACUGCUGUAUUUCCAUUGAAAUGUUUAUUAGCAAACAGUAGGGGGGGUUGUUUUUUUUUUUUUUCCAGAAUGCUCUUGCAGAACUGCAUAUGAAUAACAAACUUGUUUUAAUAUUUAAGGAAAAAAUACGUCGGUAAGGAGGUUGAGUAGGGAUUCUGAAUUUUGAGUCUUUAGCUACAUUGUACAUGUCAGAAAAUUCCAGAAUGUAAUUUAUUAACAAGACCUUGGUACAUCUAUGCCCUCCUGUCCUACCCCUUCCUCCUGCCUUUAUGCUUUGGUUUUCAUGGGAGGAAAAAACCUGGAUAUAUGUGCUGAAAAAUGUUAGUGUUCCAAAAUGUCCCAAGGAACCAAAUUUUGAUAACUGUGAAGAUAAAAACCCCUGGAUGGUACAUAUGCACCAGGAUUCAUCCAGGAGUUUUAUCUUCACAGAGUCAAUAACAGACAGGACCAGAUGCUGCCGGAGGAUUAUGUAGCCCCAAACAGCUGACUAAUAUAGUCAAUAAAUACUUAAAAUGUAAUUUGUUGAUGUGAUUAUUCAAAUGUUAUCUGUUUCAACGUCUGACCCUAUGACAGACUUUCUUUUACUGUCUGCCAUUAUAUUUU